AUGGAAAACAACUAUAUUGGUCAACGAGAGCACAACUUCUCCGUUGACCAAGUGUCUUAUAGAGGCGUUCGUCGGAGGAAAUGGGGCAAAUGGGUGUCGGAGAUCCGGGAACCCGGUAAGAAAACCCGUAUUUGGCUCGGGAGCUACGAGACAGCCGAGAUGGCAGCAGCGGCCUACGAUGCUGCGGCUCUUCACCUCCGAGGUCAUGGGACCAAUCUCAACUUCCCGGAACUGGCCAACAGUUUUCCUCAGCCGGAGAGCUCGAGUCCCGAGCACGUUCAAGCGGCUGCUCAGGAGGCAGCACUUAUGUUUAAACCAGGUGGGUCUACUGAACCAUCUCUCGACUCCGGUCAAGGAAUUUCUCGGGUCGGAUUGUCUCCUGAUCAGAUUCAGGCUAUUAAUGAGUUUCCAUUAGACUCCCCGAGGAUGGGGUGGAUGCAGGACUUGGAAGUGACUGAUUACGAAGAGUUAUACGGACGGUUCUUUGGUCAGUACGACAGGGAUGAGUUUUUUGAAAUGCAGCAACUUCAGUCCAUAUGGAAUUCUAGUUGA